AAUCCCCAGAAUACGCCUAAAUUUGUGGCUGUGACAAAAAUCCGGAUGUGUGCGCGUUUAAUGUUGCUGUGGGAGGUGUGGAGAAGAGUGUGUGCAGGGUUUCCACGGUGUUUUGUGUGGACUGAGUGGAUACAGGGGGCUGUGGCAGGAAAGAGGCAGAUCAGCAUCAGCUCAGCAGCGCUUGUGCGCCGCGGACGGAAUAUUUCACUUUCUCUGUACUUCAGCCAUCCUUCCCCGGUCAUCCUGAGCGGAACACCAGGGAGGCUGACGGCCAGCUAGUCCGCGGGUCACCUUUACGCACAGGCGGGCUGGCACCUCCGUGCGCCCGGAGCAAGACGCUGCCACCAUGCUCUGCUCCGCGGAGAGCCCCUGCAACAUCACCGACGCCUUUAAUGUAACCCAGCAGCCAGAGAGCGGAGCCACGGAGUCCGCCUGGAACCUCAGCCGGAAAACCAACGACACCGACCCGUUCGGGCGCAACGAGGAGGUGGCCAAGAUCGAAAUCACGGUCCUCAGCCUGGCUUUCGUUGCGGCGGUGGUGGGCAACCUGAGCGUCCUGCUGGCCAUGUACAGGAGCCGCAGGAAGCUGUCCCGGAUGCACCUGUUCAUGAAGCACCUGAGCCUGGCGGACCUGGUGGUCGCCUUCUUCCAGGUUCUGCCGCAGCUCUGCUGGGAAGUCACCUUCCGCUUCUACGGGCCGGACUCUCUGUGCCGCAUCGUGAAGCACCUGCAGGUCCUGGGCAUGUUCGCCUCCACCUACAUGAUGGUGAUGAUGACCGUGGACCGCUACAUCGCCAUCUGCCACCCGCUGCAGACCCUCCAGCAGCCCACGAAGCGCGCCUACAUCAUGAUCAGCGCCACCUGGGCGUGCAGCCUGGUCCUCAGCACCCCGCAGUACUUCAUCUUCUCCCUGAGCGAGGUGCGGCCCGGAUCGGCUGUCUACGACUGCUGGGGCCACUUCGUUGAGCCGUGGGGGCUGCGCGCCUACAUCACCUGGAUCACGGCCGGCAUCUUCCUCGUCCCCGUGGCCGUGCUCGUGUUCUGCUACGGGCUCAUCUGCAGGACGAUCUGGAGGAACCUGAAGUGCAAGACCCGGAGGAAGAGCGCGGACGCGGUGGUGGUGGCCACCAAGACCGGGAUCCUGGGCAGGAACUCCGUGAGCAGCGUCUCCACCAUCUCCCGCGCCAAAUUACGCACGGUCAAGAUGACCUUCGUGAUCGUGGUGGCCUACGUGGUGUGCUGGGCUCCGUUCUUCAUCGUGCAGAUGUGGUCCGUGUGGGACAAGACCUUCUCCUGGCACGACUCCGAGAACCCCGCCGUGACGCUGUCCGCCCUGCUGGCCAGCCUCAACAGCUGCUGCAACCCCUGGAUCUACAUGAUCUUCAGCGGACACCUGCUGUCGGACUUCUUCGGCCUGCUGCCGUGCUGCUACCGGCUGCGGGACCGGUUCCGGCAGCAGGACUCGGACAGCAGCAUCCGGCGGACCACGCUGCUGUCCCGCCUGCAGGGUCCGCGCCUGUCCGAGCCCUUCAGAGACCUCACCAUCAGAAACUGUCCACAGGCUACGCCUGCAUCCUGACCCCCGCAGGAGCUGCACGUCUGCCUCGGCACACGCCAGGAAACCCGACCCGUUCUCCCUGGACCGGUCCGAACGGGGAACGUUUACGCCGUGGCACAGGAAGGAGCUCAUCACGCCGCCAUCGUGUCGCGCUUUAAAGGGUUAAACGGCAGUUUUAACUUAUUCAGAUGAAAAACUUUCAGGAAAAAUGCCUGAAUAUGGCCUCUGGAAAGGACCAUUUACCGCUCCAUGCUGCUGCGUAGGGGAUUUAUUCAAAAUAAAUCCUUUUGAAACCAUAUUUCUGUAUUUCUUUGGAGCGUUUGUUGCCUUUAAGCACAAAUAAUAGAAAAAAAACAAUAUUUCUAAUAUUAUUAAUGUUCCAAAAUGUGAUAAAAUAAUAGGUUUAUAUGCUUUUUGUUGUUAUAAAUUGUAACUUAU